AUGGCUGACAAGCAGUAUCGUGUAAAAGUCUACUCACUGAACGAGGACCACCAAUGGGAUGAUCUCGGCCCUGGGCACAUCUCUUCCAGCUACGUGAAGCACCUCCAGGGCAUGUGCCUGCUCGUGCGGUCGGAUUCCCAUGACUCACUAAUCUUGGAAUCAAAGAUAAAUUCAAAUACGCCUUAUCAGAAACAACAGGAAACUCUGAUUGUCUGGUCUGAAGCAGAGAGCCAUGGCAUGGCGUUACGUUUCCAGGACGCUGAGGGUUGUCAUAAGAUCUGGGAAGACAUUUGCCGGGUUCAAGGAAAAGACCCAUCCGUCGUAAUCACACAGGACCUCUUGGAGGAACCCAUAGAUAAACAACUGGAUGAAGUACUGGAAACCAAUAAUGUGUUUGAACUGCCUAACUGUGAACUCAGUAAACUUGAGGAGAUUUCCGACUUCAUUACCUCAGUUCUCGCUUCACCGAUCCAUAAGGAGAGACUGGCUCUGAUCUUAGAAAAUGAGGACUAUAUUAAAAAUUUGCUGCAGCUGUUCCACACUUGUGAGGACCUACGGGACACUACAGGCUUACACCAUUUGUAUGAAAUUAUUAAAGGCAUCUUAUUCCUUAACAAGACAGCUCUCCUUGAGAUCCUGUUUUCUGCUGAGUGUAUCAUGGAUGUGGUGGGAUGCCUCGAGUAUGACCCUGCUUUGGCUCAGCCAAAAAGGCAUAGGGAAUUCUUGACCCAAAAUGCGAGGUUCAAGGAAGUUGUACCAAUAACAGACCGUGAACUUCGGCAAAAAAUACAUCAGACAUACAGGGUACAGUACAUCCACGACAUCCUUCUGCCUGCACCAUCCAUGUAUGAAGAGAAUUUUCUUUCUACUCUUAACACUUUUAUUUUCCUCAACAAGGUUGAGAUAGUCAGCAUGAUGCAGGAUCAUGCCAACUUUUUGUCUGAAGUGUUUGCACAGUUAAGGGAUGAGACUACAGAUGACGAUAGACGGCGCGAAUUGCUAUUUUUCUUCAAGGAAUUCUGCGCGUUUUCUCAGACAUUACAGCGUUCAAGAAAGGAUGCACUGUUCAAAACGUUGACAGAAUUGGGGAUUCUUCCUGUUCUUAAAAUCGUCAUGAGCAUGGAGGAUUUGCAGAUAAGGUCAGCUGCUACUGAUAUAUUUACUUAUCUAGUGGAAUAUAGUCCAUCCAUGAUUCGAGAAUUUAUCAUGGAAGAAGCCCAAGAGAGUGAAGACGGUAACCUUUUCAUUAAUUUAGUCAUUGAGCAAAUGAUGUGUGAUACUGAUCCUGAGCUGGGAGGUGCUGUUCAUUUAAUGGGACUUCUUCGUACUCUACUUAAUCCAGAAAACAUGCUAGCAACAUCUAGUAAAUGUGAAAGAAGUGAAUUUCUAAAUUUCUUCUAUCAUCAUUGUAUUCAUAACUUCAUAGCACCACUUUUUGUCACCACUUCAGAAGAUAUAUGUGAAGGAGAUAAUGUAGUUGGAUCCGACAAAAACAACACAAAUUGCCUCAGUGCUCUCCGCUUUAUGAGAAGAAUGAUUGGCCUUAAAGAUGAACUUUAUAAUUGUUACAUCAUCAAGGGAAAUCUUUUUGAGCCAGUUGUCAAUGCUUUUCUGGGUAACGGAACUCGGUACAAUAUGUUGAAUUCAGCUGUUAUUGAGCUGUUUGAAUAUAUAAGAGUGGAAAAUAUCAAAUCUCUUGUUGAACAUAUAGUUGAAAAGUUUUAUAAAACACUUGAAUCGAUUGAAUAUGUUCAGACAUUCAAAGGAUUGAAGAUUAAAUAUGAACAAGAGAAAGACCGGCAGAGUCAAAUACGGAGGAAUUUACAUUCUAUACUGUAUAGUAAAAUACUUUUCAGGAGUAUCAGCAUCGUGGAGAAGAAAGAAGAAAAGCGUUUUAAAGGAAAUUCAGAGGAAGGCGAAGCAAUUAUACCGCCACUGGAAAAUGAUUUUCAAGAUCGUUAUAAAUUUAUGGAGACGAAAAAAACAAAAGAAAAUGAAAACAAGGUAGAUCCUCCUAAAGGAGAGUCUUCGGGGGCCUCCAAAUUCGCUUCAUCCCAUGCUGCUGCUGCUAAUGGAGCACGUAGCCUGCAUGGUAGCAGCACCGUUGGCUUAAUGAAUCGUCCCAAUGACGAAGAAAAAGAUAAGGAAGAUGAAACACCCCCCAGGAAGAGAUCACAUCUUAGCUCAUAA